GACGUCACCGCUAGUAAACCAGGGGUUCAGCUUCACUCCUCUCGAGCCUUUCUGUUUUUUCCAUGCAGUCCAGCGCUCGUGUCACCAUGUACAGCCCGUCCGCCUUUGUUUUUGUCCUAAUUUCCUGCGGUAUUAUUACAGUUACAGCGCAAGCACCGACUCCUGCUCCGGCGGACACUCCCUGUGCCUUGAAAUCCAACACCACUUGUGAUGAAUGCUUGCAGAAUGUGACAUGCCUGUGGUGCAUAACGACCAAAAAAUGCAUCGAAUACCCGGUGAAGAGCAUCCUGCCCUCCAACAGCGUUUGUCCACUGAAUGAUGCACGUUGGGGGCUAUGCUGGCUCAACUUCCAGAUAUUGAUCAUCACUGUGUCGGUGCUGGCUGGUAUCAUCAUCAUCGCUAUUCUUGUUUGCUGCUUCUGCUGCUGCAAGUGUGAAAAAAUUGGGAGAAAGAGAGAAGACAUGCAGAUGGAGCGACAAACUCGGCUGAGGAAGGACCGCCAGAAAGCGAGGAGGUCAGAAAUGCAGAUGAGGCACGAUGAAAUCAGGCACAAAUACGGUAUGUCGAAGGAUAACCCAUACGCCCGUAUGGAUGAUCAUUGAGAAGCAGCCGUUCGUUAAGUUGAUCCUAUUGAAGCCAGUAACACGGAGAUACAACCUACAAGGAGCUCAUGAUAAACUGUGACUGUCUGAUUGAUUUCAGCGCGACAGUGUUUUCAGAAUACUCUUAGCCUGAUGCUGCACCGUUUUGCUUGAUUAAUAUUUCUUAUGCAUUAAUUUCAAUUUAAUUUGAAAAAGCAAGCAUCCCCAGUUUAGUUUGUAACAGUCCAAAGCUGACGAGUGCUGUGGUGCUUCUUCUGUAACAAGCAGUUUCACUUUCAUACUACAGUUACAAUAUUCUCGAUUUGACUCAUCCAUGUCUGCAGCUCAACACUUCUUUUUCUUUAAAUAGUUCAUGUAACAUAUUUGUCCUUUUCUCCAUUUUUAUUGCAUUCCAGAAUUAUUUUCGUUUUUUAUUGAACAAAAGAAAAUGCAUGUUUUUGAACUGCAUCUGAAUCAUCUGCCAAUAAAAAAUAAAUAAAUAAAUAAAAAUCA